AUGGCGGGAGACGAAGAACAACAACUAGUACACCAAAACAAGCAGAUAGUGCUGAAAGAAUACGUGAAGGCUGCCCCUACGGAAUCCCAUUUCGCUGUCACCACCACUCCGGUCAACCUCAAAGCUCCCGAGGGUUCCAAUGUCGUCGUCUUCAAGAAUCUCUACCUUUCCUGCGACCCCUACUUGCGCGGCCGGAUGUCCGCCGUUCACCGUGAAGGCGCCGAUAAAACGGACCCUGAGUUCACUCCUUACCGCGUCGGCUCUCCGAUAUCAGGGCUUGGGGUGAGCAAAGUGGUGGAUUCAGCACACCCAGAUUACAAGAAAGGCGAUUUAGUCUGGGGAGGAGUUACUUGGGAAGAGUACAGCGUCGUUGAAAACCCUAAGGGAAUCUUCAAAAUCCCAGAUCCAGAUGUGCCCCUCUCUUACUACACUGGAAUCCUUGGUAUGCCUGGUGUUACUGCUUAUUUCGGGUUCUAUGAUGUCUGCGCUCCAAAGAAGGGAGAAUACGUCUUUGUUUCAUCAGCCUCUGGUGCUGUUGGUCAGCUGGUUGGCCAAUUUGCCAAGCUGGCCGGUUGCUACGUCGUUGGAGCUGCUGGAAGCAAAGAAAAGGUCGAAUUGCUGAAGAGCAAGUUCGGAUUCGACGAGGCUUUCAACUACAAAGAAGAGGAUGACUUGGAUGCAGCUCUGAAAAGGUACUUCCCCGAGGGGAUCGAUAUCUACUUCGAAAACGUUGGGGGCAAAAUGCUCGACGCCGUGCUGCUAAACAUGAGACUUCGUGGCAGAAUCGCUGCCUCUGGGAUGAUAUCGCAGUACAACCUGGAGCAGCAGGAAGGGGUGCACAACCUGAUGAACAUUGUGUACAAGCGGGUUCGAAUCGAAGGUUUCGUGGUGCUCGAUUUCUUCCCCAGGUAUGCCGAGUUUUUCGGGAAGGUGUUGCCCUGGAUCAAGGAAGGGAAGAUUGCUUAUGUGGAGGACAUUGCUAAAGGGCUGGAGAACGCGCCUGCUGCACUGUUGGGGCUCUUCAGUGGCCGUAAUGUUGGGGCCCACAAGGAGGAUAGAGCAGCUGCAUGGUGUCGUGGUAGGACGCACACCACAACCGUAUGUUUUGCAUUUACACUUCCUCCCAGCUACCCGGAAAACUCGGGAAUAGAAGAAAGCACCGGACAAGUGAGAACAACGACCUUCGACCGGCGAGCGAAAACGGGAGCGAGAGGGAAGGAAAUAGUAAUGGCGAGUGACAAAGAACUAGUACAGCAAAACAAGCAAAUAGUUCUGAAGGAAUACGUGGCGGCGGGUUUCCCCAAGGAAUCGCAUUUCGGCGUCACCACCGCCGCGAUCAACCUCAAAGUUCCCGACGGUUCCAAUGCGGUGGCGUUCAAGAAUCUCUUCCUUUCGUGCGAUCCGUACAUGCGCAGCCGUUUGUCCCCUCCUGUUCACCGCGAUGGCGCCGACGAAACGGAUCCGGAGUUCAGCCCUUUCCGCAUCGGCGCUCCAAUUUCAGGGCUUGGAGUGAGCAAAGUGGUGGAUUCAGGGCACCCAGAUUACAAGAAAGGUGACUUGGUUUGGGGAGGAACUGCUUGGGAAGAGUAUAGCAUCAUCGAAAACCCCAAGGGGCUCUUCAAAAUCCCUGAUCCUAGUGUGCCACUUUCUUACUACACUGGAAUUCUUGGUAUGCCUGGUAUGACUGCUUACUUCGGAUUCUACGAUAUUUGUGCUCCCAAGAAGGGAGAGUACGUGUUUGUUUCAGCAGCAUCUGGUGCAGUUGGUCAGCUGGUUGGCCAGUUUGCCAAGUUGGCCGGUUGCUAUGUUGUUGGGAGUGCUGGAACUAAUGAAAAGGUUGAACUACUCAAGAACAAAUUCGGAUUCGACGAGGCAUUCAACUACAAAGACGUAGACGACUUGGAUGCAGCUCUCAAGCGGUGCUUCCCUGAAGGCAUUGACAUCUACUUCGAGAAUGUGGGCGGCAAAACCCUGGACGCAGUGCUACUAAACAUGAGAGUCCACGGCCGAAUCUCAGCCUGUGGGAUGAUAUCACAGUACAACCUUGAGCAGCCGGAAGGCGUGCACAACCUGAUGACCAUUGUGUACAAGCGAGUCCUGAUUGAAGGGUUCGUGGUCACGGAUUACUUCCCCAGGUACGCCGAGUUCUUGGGGAAGAUGUUGCCUUGGAUCAAGGAAGGGAAGAUCGUCUACGUGGAGGAUUUUGCUGAAGGGCUGGAGAAUGGCCCUGCUGCACUGUUGGGGCUCUUCAGUGGACGCAAUGUCGGGAAGCAGGUUGUGGCUGUGGCUCGUCAGUGA